AUCUAACAACAAAAAUCUAUCUUCAAAACCCUAAUUAAUUGAUUUACGAUCUCGCUUAUCAAAAGAUCGAUCAACACAAAACUGGUUAAAACCUGACGCAAGAUUUGGUUGAAGCUACUUUACAAUGGAAAAGCAAUGGACUUCUGGUCUUUUCAGCUGCAUGGAAGACAGUGAAACUGCUUGCCUCACAUGUUUCUGCCCAUGCGUCACUUUCGGACGGAUCGCGGACAUUUCCGACGAAGGAAGGACCGGUUGUGGGAGAUGUGGGGUAUUUUACGGGCUAAUAUGUUGUGUGGUCGGCUUACCUUGCUUGUUCUCAUGCACUUACCGGACCAAGAUCCGAAGCAAAUUCGGGUUACCGGAGUCUCCAACUUCGGAUUGCGUCACUCACUUCUUUUGUGAAUGUUGUGCUCUUUGCCAAGAACACCGUGAACUCAAAACCCGUGGUCUUGACCCCUCUAUUGGGUGGAGUGGAAAUAUGCAACGGACGAUGGCUCCUCCUAUGAGUCAGCAGAUGAUGGGUUGAUUAAGAAGAUUUCUGAUUUGCAAUAUGAUUUGAAUUAAAUAAGUGGUUCACGAAAACAGCACUUUUAAGUGUAGUUUUAUAUUGAGCUAGCAUAUUAUUUUAAAUUCUUUUUCAGAUUUUAUCAAUAUUGUUUAUUUUGAUAUGUGAAAAUAAAAGAAUUGGAAGAUCGUAUUUUUUC